GGUUGGGGUUGUGAGAGCGGCGCGGCGCAGAGUGCUGGCGGGCUUCGCUGAGACUCCGAGCAGACUUCGCGGUCGCCAGGUUAUGGUCUAGCUGCCUGUAGCCAUGACCCUCGCAGUCUGUCCCUCGGUCUCAGCCUCGGGCGUCUGAUACCCCACACCGACGCGCGCAGCUUCCUAAGAGGCGGCUACUGCCCCCUCAUCGCCCUUGGCGCCUUAUCACACUCUCUUCCCCAAGAGCUGGGAGCAGCGCGGGCAGCCGGCGCCCCCGUGCAAACUGGGGGUGUCUGCUGGAGCACCCCCCGCCGCCGCCACUGCUGCCCCGGGCUCUGGCCAUGGCCUGGCGGGGCGCAGGGCCGAGCGUCCCGGGGGCACCCGGAGGUGUCGGGCUCAGUCUGGGGCUGCUGCUGCAGUUGCUCCUACUGCUGGGGCGGGCAUGGAGUUUCGGGGACGAGGAGGAGCGGCGUUGCGACCCCAUCCGCAUCGCCAUGUGCCAGAACCUCGGCUACAACGUGACCAAGAUGCCCAACCUGGUGGGGCACGAGCUGCAGACAGACGCCGAGCUCCAGCUGACAACUUUCACGCCGCUGAUUCAGUACGGCUGCUCCAGCCAGCUGCAGUUCUUCCUUUGUUCGGUUUAUGUGCCAAUGUGCACAGAGAAGAUCAACAUCCCCAUCGGCCCAUGUGGCGGUAUGUGUCUUUCUGUCAAGAGACGCUGUGAACCGGUCCUGAAGGAAUUUGGAUUUGCCUGGCCAGAGAGCCUAAAUUGCAGCAAAUUCCCACCACAGAACGACCACAAUCACAUGUGCAUGGAAGGGCCAGGUGAUGAAGAGGUGCCCUUACCUCACAAAACCCCUGUACAGCCUGGGGAGGAGUGUCACUCCGUGGGAACCAAUUCAGAUCAGUAUAUCUGGGUGAAAAGGAGCCUGAACUGCGUUCUUAAGUGUGGCUACGAUGCUGGUUUAUACAGCCGCUCAGCCAAGGAGUUCACUGAUACCUGGAUGGCGGUGUGGGCCAGCCUGUGCUUCAUCUCCACUGCCUUCACCGUGCUGACCUUUCUGAUUGAUUCUUCCAGGUUUUCUUACCCUGAGCGCCCCAUCAUAUUUCUCAGUAUGUGCUAUAAUAUUUAUAGCAUUGCUUAUAUUGUCAGGCUGACUGUAGGCCGGGAAAGGAUAUCCUGCGAUUUUGAAGAGGCAGCAGAACCCGUUCUUAUCCAAGAAGGACUUAAGAACACAGGAUGUGCAAUAAUUUUCUUGCUGAUGUACUUUUUUGGAAUGGCCAGCUCCAUUUGGUGGGUUAUUCUGACACUCACUUGGUUUUUGGCAGCAGGACUCAAAUGGGGUCAUGAAGCCAUUGAAAUGCACAGCUCUUAUUUCCACAUUGCAGCCUGGGCCAUCCCAGCAGUGAAGACUAUUGUUAUCUUGAUUAUGAGAUUGGUGGAUGCCGAUGAACUGACUGGCCUGUGCUAUGUUGGGAAUCAAAACCUUGAUGCCCUCACUGGCUUUGUGGUGGCCCCUCUCUUCACUUAUUUGGUGAUUGGAACUUUGUUCAUUGCUGCAGGUUUGGUGGCCUUAUUCAAAAUUCGGUCAAAUCUUCAAAAGGAUGGGACAAAGACAGACAAAUUGGAAAGACUGAUGGUCAAGAUUGGGGUCUUCUCAGUACUGUAUACCGUUCCUGCAACCUGUGUGAUUGCCUGUUAUUUCUAUGAAAUCUCUAAUUGGGCAAUCUUUCGGUAUUCUGCAGAUGACUCCAAUAUGGCUGUUGAAAUGUUGAAAAUUUUUAUGUCUUUGCUUGUGGGCAUCACUUCAGGCAUGUGGAUCUGGUCUGCCAAAACGCUUCACACGUGGCAGAAGUGUUCCAACAGAUUGGUGAAUUCUGGGAAGGUAAAGAGAGAGAAGAGAGGGAAUGGUUGGGUGAAGCCUGGGAAAGGCAAUGAAACUGUGGUGUAAGGCUUAGCCAGCCUCCACACUUUCUUCAUCUUGAAGUGGGGUUGUCAGCAUUUCUGUGGAAGUGCCACUAAAAGUUUUAUGUGGUGAAUGUCAGUUUGAACAAACUAGCAACACUUAAGAGAUCCCCAUCAACCCACCACCCCUCACCCCCACCCCAGCAUCAUAAAAAGCAGUGAUCUUGCUGCAGACUUUGAAAUUAUCCAAAAUGGAAAAGCCAGUUAGAGGCUUGCAAAGCUGUGAAAAAUCAAGAUGUUGAUCACUUUAGCAGGUUGCAGCUUGGAGCAUGGAGGUCCUGCCUAGAUCCAAAAAGUCCAGGGUGAUGCUGUUUUUCUCUACUGGGUGGGAUUUGAGUGUGAGUUGGUAACUUGCAGGGAGAAAGAUUAAUUUUUAAAUCCUUUUAAAUUCUAAAUACUAACUAGGUCUUUCAGAUAGCAAAGUGAUCUAUAAACACUGGAAAUGCUGGGUUCAGAGAAGUGUUACAAGAGUUUUAUAGUUUGGCUGAUCUAACAUAAACAACUGUGGUGCACUGUCUUCUGUUUAGAACUUUGUAGAUUGCACUCCCAAGAGGUGGUGUCAAAAUCUUCCAGUGCCUUUGUCAUAAAACAGAAUUGUUUGAACAAACAAAAGUACUGUACUAACACACACAAGGUAUCCAGUGGAUUUUUCUUCUCUUCCUCUCUUUAAAUUUCAACAUCUCUGUUCUAGGCUGCUGUUGUUUUCUUCGUUUUACACUAAUGACCCCCCAAAAGUUAUUUUUAUAGGAAUAUUUGCACUGCAGCAUGCCUAAUGAGGAGAAAAGGAAGGGUGGUUCACGUUCUGACAAUCACUUAAUUCAGAGGAAAAAUGAGAUUUACUAAGUUGACUUACCUUGGCAACCCCAGAGACCUCUUGCAUUGAGCAAUGGGGACUUAAUAUAUUUUACUUUGUGUGAUUGCAUCUGUGCAGACGCCAGUCUGGAAGAGCUAAAAUGUUAAAUUUCUUGGCAACUUUGCAUUCACACAGAUUAACUGUGUAAUUUGUGUGUGUCAAUUACAAUUAAAAGCGCAUUCUUGGACCAUGACAUAGUAUACUCAACUGACUUUAAAACUAUGGUCAACUGCAUUCUUAGAAUGAUAGUGCCUUUUUCCCUUGGCAUAGGAAUGUUAUCAGAGUCUGGUCUACUUACCACCAUGGAGACUUAUUCAGUUUUGUAAAGGGAACUAAGGACAGCUAAUCCAACUACUUGGUGCAUAAUUGUUCCUUAGUAAUUGGCAAAGGCUCCUUAUAAGAUUUCAUUGGAGGCAGUGUGGCCUGGAGUAUUUAUAUGGUGCUUAAUGAAUCUCCAGAAUGCCAGCCAGGAGCUGGAUUGGUUAGCAGGGAAUAAAGUGUAGACCAUAUGAAAUGAACUGCAAACCCUAACAGCACAGGUCUUAAUUGCCUUUUGCAGAGGUAUCCAGAGCUUUUAAAAUUUAUGCUUUACGUUUCUCACAAGGGGGCACCCCCUAGCAACCUAUCAAAAAUUCCAGUUCUUUUAAAAUUGUUAACUGGCCUUUCUCUUAACUCGCCUUAGGCCUUCUAAUCACCAGAUCUCUGGGACAAUUUGUUGUCAGUGUCACAGGUUGCUCUUCUUAUAACUCAUACAUGACAUUUUGCUUCAGCAACUGCUUUGCAAUGACUCAUUUAUUAAUCCAUGCCUUUUUAAAAAAUAGGAGGAAAGGUCAUUUUUCUUUUUCUAUUGCACUCUAAGUUCAGAAACAUUUAUAGGGACUCAAAUUCCAAAUAGGUAAUCGAAUUCUGAAAAUAAGCAUGGCUUUUUUGUUUGAGCUUUAUACCAAUGGUUUGAUGUUUCCCUUCCUUCUUUGUUUUUGUGUAUAAUUGAGCAGUCUGAGAUCCAGAUGUGCAUAAAGUGCAUUAUGUGUUUGUAAGAGAAAAUCUUGAGACUUUUUAGAUAGAAACUUUGUGGGCCUGGGUGGCCCCUGCUGCUUCAUGUGAUCUGAGUACCUAGGUUGGACUUCGGGUUAGAGCUAUAGGAGCAUGAGAACUGAUCCCGGGAAGGGCCAGUUGCCUGAUUGCAUUGCCUAAUGUAAAAUGUGAACUCCGUGCUGCUUGCAGAUAGUUCCCAUAGCUGUCCAGGGCCCUGGAGCAUGCACCCAGGGGCAGAGCCUGCCCUUACUCACGCUCCGCUCUGGUGUCUGGGGAGUUGUGCAGACAUUCUGGCCCAGGAAAAAGAAGGACCAUGCAGUGGGGGAACUGGCCUUAGUGUUAGAGUAGAGGGGUUUGUUAUAUAGUAUUCUUUGUAACAUUUCAGUGAUUUUUGUGACCAAGACAGAACCUAGCAGAGGGAUGGGCAAUAUUGGUCAAUGAUUAAAUAAUAAUCCUAACAAUAAAAGGGCACUUAAGUGAACCUAUACUACAGAGUUCUGGAGUAGUGUCCUGACAACGUUUUGCAGUUUCACUGUCUAUUCCACAAAUAUCUUGCCUUCUCAGGAGAAGGCACAUUUGAUCAGAAGUAGCCAUAGGUGCAGACUGGAUUAGUAGUGUUGGCAAUGCAACAGGGUUAUAGGCCUUUCCUUUCACAUUCCAGACAAUGGAGUGUUUACAGUUUCAGGAAAGGAACUCUGUGACUGAGGAGUCAGUUACCAACAAACUUCAAGUGACUCCGUUGCCUCUUAAAUUGAUAUUUGUUUAAAAAAUAAAAGUCAAUUAUCAGCACAUUUAUUGAGUGCCAACUGUGUGUAAAGCCCUGUGUUAGGCGCUUGGGGAUGUCCUGGGAGAUAGGCUGUGUUUGUCUAAGGGAUGUAGUAGGGUGGGGAUGCACUUGGGUCUGCUAAACUUUGAUUGGUUUUUGAAGGACUUGGGGCCUCUGGAAUUCACAUCUGUUUUUUCUGUUUCCUUCCCACAAACCUCUUCUUGGGUCUCUCUACCUUUAACAUAUCUCUAAUCCGUUCCCAAGAUUCCUUCCAAAUCAAUUACAGGGGUUUUGACAAAAAGCAUCAACUUUGCUUCAUGACAAUUUCCAUAGAAAUCCCCAAGGAAGACUCAGAAUAGGCUGUAAGGAAACAAGCUCCUGCACUAAUAUAAUUUUGGGGGUAGGCAAGUCAGAGCUCUGGGUGCUCCCUGGGAUUUGUGUAGAAAUAUUUGAAGACGGUGUCUUGCUAGAGGAAAAGUUAGAUUUAUUUUUCUUUCUCUGAAAUUUAGUAUAAUAGGUAUGCUUAUGGCUUUCUACAAAAAUCCCUCAGUCUCCAGAGAUUAAACAGGGCCAAGGGCACCUCUGUCCAACCUCAUCUCUGGCAGACUCCUUUCUUUGGCUUAUACAGGCUAAACCUCAGGGCAGAGGAACAUGGAGUAGGGUAGAACUGGCCAGAACCAUCCUGUUGAACUACUUGGUUGAUUCAGAUCCUUUUUCCUUAAUGGAGACCCAUUUCCUGUUCACUGAGACUGCUUCUGAACUGGCAGCUUGCUUAGGGGCCUGAAACCUGAGAAGGGGUGACACUUUUCAUUUCCUUAACACGCUUUCUGACUUUCCUUUCCCUGGUCAUUCCUUCACCUGCACUUCUGCAUUAGAUGCUGAAUUGUGAUUCUAUUCAACAACCCCAGCUGUAUGUCUCUGGACCCCUUCGGCCUCCUGGUUAUAAAAUUAAGUUCUUUUUGUGAUAGAACCAGGCUGGAAUCUGACGACACAAAGAUGAACUCAACACACUCACCCUGAAGGGACAGGCUCAGUUUAAAAAGAUUUUGCCAGGAAGGUGCAAUCUUUGGCAGCAGUUAGGAAAGGGAGCCACGUAGGGCUGGAGAUGUGGCUCAGUGGUAGAAUGCACAAAGUAAAGCAUAAGUCCCCGGGAUUGAUCCCCAGU